GAUUCAUAUUUUCUUUCUUCUAAUCGAUAUUGUAAUAUUUGCCAUAAACAGUACAUGUUCGUAGAGGAUUCCAAUCCCGCAUACACAACAACAGGUCAAGCUUCAUUAGUGUUCCAGAUUAUCAAUCAGCGGGAAGACUUCUCGUUUGCACUUUUUACUGGCGGGUUGGAGAGUCCAAAGUUGAUAUCUGCUUCAUCUCCUAUAUCAUUUGCAAACCCCAAAGCUCCCCUUUAUCCGCGUCUUGCUCAAGGGAAGGCUUGGAAUGAGAUGACGAUAACAUGGACAAGUGGCUACAGCAUUGAUGAAGCCACUCCAUUUGUUGAGUGGGGUUGGAAGGACGGCCAAAGCACAUAUCUCUCUCCGGCAGGAACAUUGACAUUUUCUCGUAGCAGCAUGUGUGGUGCACCUGCACGUACUGUUGGAUGGCGUGAUCCUGGUUUUAUACACACUAGUUUCUUAAAGGAUUUGUGGCCUAACACCAUGUACGUUUACAGGAUGGGCCAUAGGUUGUCCAACGGCUCUAUUAUUUGGAGCAGAAUGCAUUCUUUCAAAUCAUCUCCUUAUCCUGGACAAGACUCGUUGCAACGUGUUAUUAUAUUUGGAGACAUGGGGAAGGGUGAACGCGAUGGUUCAAAUGAUUAUGCUAAUUACCAGCCCGGAUCACUCAUGACUGCUGACCGACUAUUGAGUGACCUUGAUAACUUUGAUAUAGUAUUCCAUAUCGGUAAUCUAGCAUAUGCAAAAGGAUAUAUCUCGCAGUGGGACCACUUUACAGCACAAAUUGAACCGAUUGCUUCAAAAAAACCUUAUAUGGUUGCAAGUGGCAACAAUGAACGAGAUUUUCCUAAUUCGGGAUCCUUCUAUUUGACUUCUGAUUCAGGCGGGGAGUGUGGUGUGCCCGCUGAGACCAUGUUUUACGUUCCUGCGAAAAACAGAGCUAAGUUUUGGUACUCAACAGAUUAUGGCAUGUUUCAUUUCUGUAUAGCAGAUUCAGAGCAUGAUUGGAGGGAAGGUUCGGAACAGUAUGCAUGGAUAGAGAAAUGCUUUGCAUCAGUUGACAGGCAAAAACAGCCGUGGCUGAUCUUUGCUGCUAACCGUGUCCUUGGCUAUUCUUCUAGCAAUCGGUAUGCCAAGGAGGGUUCAUUUGAAGAACCCAUGGGAAGAGAACACUUGCAGAAGCUGUGGCAGAAAUACAAGGUGGAUAUCGCAUUUUACGGACAUGUACAUGGGUAUGAGAGAACGUGUCGUAUAUACCAGAAUCAAUGUGUCGACAAGGAAAGAUUCAACUAUUCUGGUACCGUAAGUGGGACAAUUCACGUUGUUGUUGGUGGAGGCGGGAGCACGUUGUCGGACUUUAGCGAGAUUAAUACGGAUUGGAGUCUCUAUAAAGAUCACGACUGGGGGUUUGUGAAACUAACGGCGUUUAACCACUCUUCGCUGCUGUUGGAGUACAAGAAGAGUAGAGAUGGAGGGGUGUAUGAUAGCUUCACAAUCUCAAGGGACUACAAAGAUGUUUUGGCAUGUGUACAUGAUGGUUGUGGUACUUCCACUGUGGCAACCUGAACCUAUGUUAUACAGGCCUUUGCCACUUUAAGCUUAUAUGCACAACAAUAAAAACCAUAUGCUGUCACACAUCUUAAAAGGGUUGAUGGCACAGAUUCUUGUAAUGACUGUUUAUUUAUAUGGAUCGUGU